GCGACCUCGAGCAGCCGCCGGCGCCGCAGCCGUUGCCACCGCCGCAGCGCAGUGGGGUUCAGAGGCCCAGAAGGUGGUGACCGAGGAUGUCGUCCACCGCGGCGUUUUGCCUUCUCUCUACCCUCGGAGGGUAUUUGGUCACAUCGUUCUUGUUGCUUAAAUACCCAGCGUUGUUGCACCAGAGAAAGAAGCAGCGAUUCCUCAGUAGGCACAUCUCUCACCGCGGAGGUGCUGGAGAAAACCUGGAGAACACAAUGGCCGCCUUCCAGCAUGCAGUUACCAUUGGAACUGAUAUGUUGGAACUGGACUGCCAUAUCACAAAAGAUGAACAAGUUGUAGUGUCGCAUGAUGCAAAUCUGAAGAGGUCAACUGGGAUCAAUGUAAAUGUCUCUGACCUCAAAUACUGUGAGCUCCCACCCUACCUUUGCAAACUGGAUGUCCCCUUUCAGAGAGCAUGCAAGUGUGAAGGAAAAGAUAACCGCAUUCCACUGCUAAAGGAGGUGUUUGAGGCCUUUCCUGAGACUCCCAUUAACAUCGACAUCAAGGUCAACAACAAUGUGCUGAUUAAGAAGGUCUCAGAAUUGGUGAAGCAGUAUAAGAGAGAACACCUAACAGUGUGGGGCAAUGCCAGCUCUGAAAUCGUAGAAAAGUGCUACAAAGAGAACUCAGAUAUUCCUAUACUCUUCAGCCUCCAGCGUGUGCUACUGAUCCUUGGCCUUUUCUUCACCGGCCUCUUGCCCUUUGUGCCCAUUCGAGAACAGUUUUUUGAAAUUCCAAUGCCUUCUAUCAUACUGAACAUUAGGAUUAAACCAGCAGUUGUUAAACUCUACAAACUGACCGAGAAGACAAAGGUUAAUUCUAGUUCUGAAGACGAAGAUGUGCCUGAACCUGCUGUCUUCUUUCCCUCUAGCUUAUUAAUGCGGAAGGCUUUAUUCGACCACCUCACUGCCCGGGGCAUCCAGGUGUAUGUUUGGGUUCUAAAUGAAGAGCAUGAGUACAAAAGAGCCUUUGACUUGGGAGCCACUGGAGUGAUGACAGACUACCCAACAAAGCUCAAGGAUUUCUUAAAUAACUUUUCAGCAUAAAAAGGUCCUCAGCAUUAUUCAAGGGCGACAUGACAUGGAAAGAUCUGAGGAAAGGUGUGUCCGCAGUGUUUCCCUGAGACGUCCCGAGUGGUAGAGAGGGUUAACCAGUCAAGUUUUCAUUACCUCAUUUUAAAGCCUGUGUGAGAAUGUAGAAACUUCCCUAUACUGUAUAUUUUUUUUCAACAAUAUUGCAUAUUUUACAGUGGUAACUUGUUUUGAAAGAUAACUGGCUAUGAGACGUAAGUAGAUCGCUCACAGAUCAAGAUGACUAUGUGAUGAUGCAGUAUUCUAUUGUAAAUCUAAAAUCAAAGACUGAGGCCAAGUUGGGCAUUAGCCGUCACUGAGAAUAAGAUCAACUACAGUAAAAGAAGAUUAUUGAGCUGGGCUUGGUGAUGCACUCAAAUCCCAACACUUGGGAGGCUGAUGAGUUCAAGGCCAGCCUGGGCUACAUAGUGAGCUCCCCUGACUUUAAAUUUUUUCUAUUUAAAAAAAGAAGAAGAAGAAGAAAAUUAUCGACAGCCAUUGGAGCCUCUUUGAAUUGUCCGGUCAUGUUGAGGUGCAUUUAGUAAAGGGAAAUGCAGUGGAAGAAGAGCCUACAGUAGAAGUGUAAUAGUUGACCAGGUGUGUGCUGUCAAUGGAAGGCAAGCCCAAGUAAACAGCUCGCUACUCACGCAGAAAUCGCCUCUGUGGGCUGAAACAGACUUCGCAGUUGCAGUUCUUAAUGGGGACGCUCUGUGUGGGGUCUUUUCGGGUGUUAGACAGUGCUGCUGCGACUAUUUUUUAUGUCUUCAAAAAUAGAUUUUUUUAAUUGUAAAUUAAGAGAAGAUCCAAUUAGUCAUGCUUUUGUGUUUCCUCUAAAGUAAUAGACGAUUCUUAACUUUCGGGCUUGACCUGACUGUUUGAACCUCCACCUGAUUGUGAUAUCACAGUCCUAGUAAAGGUUAAGGCAGUGGGAGUGCAGCCCCGUUGCAGGUGUUUUUAACGUGAGCCGCCUGCUCUCGAUCUUCAGGAGCUCAUCUGCUGAGGAUCAGAAGCCGGCAGGCUUAGCCACGUUAGGCCUCACUUCUGCUGCUUUCUGAUGGGACUUCAUACAGACCUGUUUCUAACCUGUGUGACUGAUUUCCCAUGAUCUCAAAUUGGGAGGUAACUAUAAUAUAGACUAAUAAACGUCUUUUGCCUAAAUUAUGUCUCUCGUGUGGGGUUUGCCACAGGUAGCUUUGAAGGAUGGCCUUACUCUCCCAUCCGUUGCUUUGUUGUUUAAACUGUAAUAAAGUUUUCCAAGAAUAAAACGAGGGUCUUGAUUUUUUUUUUACAUUUGUAAUUCCAGUGUGUUUUGUAUAAUUUUUCAGUUAAUGAGGUAAUUAAGGAAUAAAUGAGUAAGCCGGGG